AUGGAGAAGGCAUCAUCAACUCGUUCUUUAGAGAUCACCAUUCUCUCUGCUGAGGGCAUACGUCUGGACGGAAGAUCGGUGAAACAGAAUGCAUUCGUGAUCGUAAGAACUGAUCCACUCAACCAAGUGUCAACAAGAAUGGACAGCGAAGGAGGGAGCAAUCCAUCCUGGAAUGAGAAACUAGAGCCGCUCUCUUUGCCCAACUCUGCUCUCUUCAUUACUGUGGAGGUACAAUCCAAGACCUCUUCAGGAAUGAGAACUGUGGGAACGGCAACGAUUUCGGUGUCAGAGUUCAUAGGGAAUUAUACGCCGCCACAAUAUUUGCACUACCUUAGUUACCGGUUGAGGGAUCGCAAGGGUGAACGUAACGGUAUCAUUAACUUGUCUCUUAAAACGGUCGGAGGAGGAUCUGGACAAAACUGCUUUGGUCUGGCGGCGCCACCAUCGUUAGGUAUAGUGGCUGCUCAUGAGAAUCACAGCAAGAAUGGUAGUACUAGUGGAAGUGGAACAGCAAUUGGGAUUCCAGUGCCUUAUGCUUACGGGUAUGGGCUUGGAUAUGGUGUGUAA